UCUUCGAGUCGGAGUCCCUCAUAGCUUGUGAUGUCCACACCAACCUGAAUGAACGAUAACUUCAAAUCACUCGUCCGGUGGAUAGUAAUAGAGGCUAAACUCUCUGAAAAUAGUAAUUGAAAGACGAGUACAGCCUGUGAGUGGCAAAUGCUUUGGUACUAGUCUAGGUGGCUAGUAAGGUUUCAGUUCAAGUCAACUGUUCCGUUGAGUGAAAUUGACAAUCAGGAAGUGCUGCAAUAUCAAUCAAUAGGUGUCUGCUCGUGCAAACCUUUAAGAAAAUAGCCAAUGCUGGUUGGUGACCUAUGGUCAAAAGACCCUCGAGCCAUCGGCGCGUCUCUUUGGGCGGGUUUGACACUCCCACGCUCCACUCCCACUUGUCACCAUGGAAAUGAAGACCACUUCCAACGCGACGCUGGUCAACCAGGAGAGUCCCAAAUUUGAAGACUCCAACUAUCGCGAGUACCCGGAAUCAGCGGAACAACCAGACCAGCCCCAAGAGGACGUCCACCAUAGUAGCCCUUACAAGAAUCCUGAUUUUCCUCAUUCUUACGGCUUCAAAGAGGACAAGAGUCUGUGGACCAAGUUCACUGUGCCGAUCUUUGGCGAGAUCCGCUUCAACCCGAUCGUGUCGUUCACCGCCAUCAUCAUCAUCUGGGCUUUCGUCGCUCUCUGUGGAUCCCUGGGCGAGCUCGUACCUUUCAAUGCGUGGAAAUCAUGGUUAGUGGACCAUUUCACUUGGCUCUACAUCGGAAUCCAAGAUGGUUGGGCUGUCUUCAUGAUCGUCCUUUACACGAGCAAAUACUCGGGGAUCAAACUGGGCAAGAGCGAUGACAAGCCCGAGUACAGCGAUUCCACGUGGUUCAUGAUGUUGUUCGCUUGUGGUAUUGGGACGGGUCUCUUCUUCUACGGAGUGGCCGAGCCCUUAUUCCACUAUGUGGGACCCAAUCGGUACACGGCUGACCCGACCACCCCUGAAAACACCUUGGCCCAGAUUGCCAUCAACCUCACCUUGUUCCAUUGGGGGAUACACGGCUGGAUCGUGUACUCUUUGGUGGGUUUGUUGCUAGCUCUUCUAGCGUACCGCGAGAACUUGCCCAUGACCAUGAAGUCUUGCUUCUACCCUCUGUUGGGGGAUCGGAUCUUCGGUUGGAUGGGCGACCUCAUUGACGUGGUCUCAAUCAUCACCACGCUCUUUGGGGUGUGCACAAGCUUGGGCCUAGGUACCCGACAGCUCAAUGUGGGACUGACCAUGUUGAACUCGGACAUUCCAGCCGACGACUUGACCAUACAGAUCAUCAUUAUUUGGUGCAUCACGGCGGUGGCCACCAUUUCGACGGUGUCGGGUGUGGGCAUGGGUAUUCGACGACUCUCCGAGACUUGCUUCAUGGUGGGUAUGUUCCUUAUGAUCGUGGCUUUGCUCGUGGACGAUACGUUCUUCAUCUUGAACUUGUACGUCCAAUCUCUGGGCUACUACAUCCAAUGGAUCAUCCAACUCGGGUUCCACACGGAUGCGUGGGAGCAAUUGGACACGAUGCCCUCCGAGAGUCAUGCCAUCCAGACGCGCUGGCUACCUGAGGGGGUCACCACUAACAGUGGACCCUCGGAUUGGAUUGACAACUGGACCAUGUUCUAUUGGGGUUGGUGGAUCUCGUGGUGCCCAUUUGUGGGCAUGUUCAUCGCCAAGAUCUCCAAGGGUCGCACCAUCAAGCAGUUCAUCAACGGCACUCUCACCGCCCCCGUGCUUUACACCUUCUUCUGGAUGGUCAUUUUUGGCGGGGCGGGUCUGCGUCUGGAGCGCGGGGCCCAGGGCAACGGAUACUGUUGCCCUGAUAGCCAAGGGUGGGUCCAAAAUGUGAGCUCCGUGGAAACCAUCAUCAAGGAACGCGGCCUCGUCAAUCAAACCGUAGCGGCCAACUCGUCGUACUUUCUAUGUGAAGGAGGAGAUUGCGGCUCGUGUGCCUACACUGUCCUGGACCGUUAUGAUGAAAAUAACCAGACCUACGGACUCCUCUUGACAGACUACCAAAACUUGGACCAAGAUUUCGGGAGUGUAAGCCCGGGCCGGAAAUUGGCGCGCAUCUCGUGUCAUUCCAUUGAGCAGAUGUGGUUUGACCUCAUGCGCUCGUACGGCGACAUUGGCGGCUUCUUGUCCAUCUUUUCUCUCUUGGGUAUCAUUCUCUACUUCGUGACCUCGUCGGAUUCGGGAUCCUUGGUGAUCGAUUGUCUCUCUGCCAAUGGCGAUCCCGACCCGCCGCGACUUCAACGCGUGUUUUGGGCGCUCAUGGAAGGCGCCACGGCCACAGCUUUGCUCGUGGCGGGGGGAAAAGACGGUCUGACCGCCUUGCAAUCCGCCGGACUACUCUCCGGACUGCCUUACAUAGCGUUAGUGACUCUGAUUUGUGUGUCCAUUUGGCGGACUUGUCAGGUGGCUGCCGGAGAUUUGGAUCCCGAAGGGCCAACCUUUGCAAUUGGCCUUUAUGAUCCGUUUGCGUGUCAGCCUUAUCACGAGAUCGCCAAGAACCUCGAGGCCACUUUCAAGCUCUUCCUGGGCUUCCUAAAGAAUAUCAUACUGGCGCCAUUGACUGUCGCCCAGGCCCACGGCAGAGUCACGGGGAACUCCAAUCCCUGGGCCAUGAAGAUCUUAUUAUGCCUUAGUUUGGGACUGUUUGUCGUUUUACACCUGCUACAAUUGGUCUUUGAUGGAGCCUGGGCCAUGGCGUGGUUUUUCUACCUGGUCUUCGCCGCGGUGGCGUGCACCGUGAGGAUGGAAGUGCGAGAGCGCUUCCAGAUCCAUGGCAGUGCUUUCGAAGACCUCUUUGUGGCCUUGAUCUUGUAUCCCAAUUGCGCGCUUCAAAUGGACCUGACCACCCAGAUUCUGGAGGACGAUCCUAAGGGCGGCAAAUCCGGGACCGAGGAUGCGCAUACGCCGCGGAUGACGAGAGGUAGUUCUCCCACCAUUGAGAUCGUGGGAUUGAAGGCCAAUGGCAACGACAACCCGGCGUUUCAAAUUGGCAUCGAGAAAUAA